AUGUCGAGAUCUGAAACAUCUGUAGUUGUGGAGAAACCACAAACCACAACAAGGAAGAUCACCAAAACCAGCAUCAACACUACAACAUGUAGAAGCAAUGAAAUCUCCACGGCCCGUUGGCUACUGGGCAUGGCCAUGGCGACAACAUUUUGCUGUGUCUACUUUUUUGCACCCAUCUACAUCAUCACUUCCAUCCUCUGUCUAUUGUUUCGAUAUCCCACCAUGGAAGGGUCCUUUGUCAUUGCUGCUCCUCUUAUCUUGUCCAUUCUCUCCAAACCCAAGAAACUCGAUUGUCGAUUCCUAAAGCCCAUGGCAGACUACUUUGACUUUGAAACAGCAUUUGAAUUCACCGAUGCUGAUAUCCGAGAAAUGCUCAAAACCACGGAUAAACGUUUCAUUCUUGCAUCGCAGCCACAUGGUGUGCUUUCUUUCUGUGGAAUUUGUUCUCUCGCCGUUUGUGACCCAGAUAUUGGGCAAAUCAAGACGGCCACCGCCUCGGUCGUGCACCAGACUCCCAUUCUGAAGAAUGUCAUGGGCAUCUUUGGAUUGGUCGAUGCCUCUCGAAAGUCGAUGCAACGUCACUUUCAAAACAAAGGCAUCGAUGGCUGUCUCGUCCUGUACGUGGGUGGCAUUGCCGAACUCUUCAAGAGUAGUCCCGUCGAAGAACGACUCUUCCUGAGUCAACGAAAGGGGUUCAUCAAACUGGCAUUGAAGGAAGGUGUGGACGUGAUUCCGGCCUAUCUCUUUGGCAACACUUCUGUUCUGAGCGUGCUCAAGCAUGGUCCUUUGGCAGACUUGUCCCGAAAACUGCAAGUGAGUCUCACGUACAUGUGGGGCAAGUACUAUUUGCCAAUCCCUAGAGAUGAAAAGUGCCUGUAUGCCCGAGCCAAACCAAUGGGACUUCCACACAUUCCUGACCCUACAGAUGAGGAUGUAGACAAGUGGCACGCGAAAUACUGCGAGGAAGUCAAGCGACUCUUCAACACAUACAAGGAAAAGGUUCCAGCCUACAAGCACAAGAAACUGUACAUUGACUAA